CUUUGUCUCCCCUCUGUCUCACUCUUCCUUGCCGCGGCCCUCUAGACGAGAUCCCCACCCACGCUCAUUUUCACAGAGAGAGACAGAGUGACAGAGACAGGGAAGAGUUGGUAGCAAUGGCCCCGGCACAGAAGGUAAGGACGAGCAGAAACCCAGAUUUGAUCCCAGGGGUGGGAAAAUACUCUCGGUCUCAGAUGUACCACAAGAGAGGUCUGUGGGCCAUGAAGGCUAAAAACGGCGGCGUUUUCCCCCGCCACGACAAGAAACCCGCUCAGCAACCACCCGCCGAGAAGCCCCCCAAGUUCUAUCCCGCCGAUGACGUCAAGAAGCCCCUCGUUAACAAACGCAAAACCAAACCAACCAAGCUCAAGGCUGGUAUUACUCCUGGGACGGUGUUUAUAAUGUUGGCUGGGAGGUUUAAGGGGAAGAGAGUUAUUUUCCUCAAACAGCUUCCAUCUGGGUUGCUUCUUGUUACUGGACCUUUCAAAAUUAAUGGUGUUCCUCUGAGACGUGUGAAUCAAUCUUACAUGGUAACAACUUCUACCAAGGUUGAUAUCACUGGGUGCAAUGUCGAUAAGUUUGACGACAGGUAUUUUGCGAAGCAAGUUGCGAAGAAGAAAAAGAAGGGAGAAGGCGAGUUCUUUGAGGCUGAGAGAGAGGAGAAGAAUGUUCUUCCACAGGAAAAGAAGGAUGAUCAGAAAACUGUGGAUGAAGCCUUGAUAAAAGCCAUUGAAGUUGUUCCAGAUUUUAAGACUUAUUUGGCUUCAAGGUUUUCACUCAAGGCAGGCAUGAAACCUCAUGAGCUCACCUUUUAGGCGAAGAAUUUCUGAAUUUGUUAGGGAUCUGAGAUUUUACUCCUGUGUUCUGUUUUUGUGAUUCUAGUCGAUGUACUCUUUGAGAUUUUCGUGGUGGAUAAUCAUCUAAUUUUUUUUUUUGUCAGCUUAUUUGGUGUGGAUGGUUUUUUCUAUUUGAAUAUAUGCUCCAUGAGUUUCCUACUCCAACUGUUUUUCUA